CAUAUCUUCUUUCUACCUCCAUAGACUCUAUCCCACCACUAAAACACAAUGGCUACCUGGUUCGACCAACAGAAGAAGUCCUUCGCGGACGUUCCUAUUGAUGCUUCCAACGGCAUCUCGACCACCGAGUUCCUCGAGGCCGCCGAGUCCCUCACCACUCUGUUUGAUGUCCUUGGCUCCAGGGCUUUCACCCCCGUGAAGAGUGAUUUGACCAACAACAUCAAGAAAGUCAGAGAGAGGCAGCUGGCUGCCCCCGCCGAGUCCGAGACUCUCCAGGCCCUCGUUGUGAACGAACUCAAGACCAAGAAGCACGUCGCCUCCGAGGGACUGCUCUGGCUUGUGAGAGGUCUUGACUUCACUGCCCAGGCCCUCCGUCACAACCUCAACAAUGGCAGCACCGAGCUCUCCGACUCCUUCCGUGAAGCCUACGGCAACACCCUCAAGCCCCACCACUCUUUCGUGGUUAAGCCCAUCUUCUCUGCCGCCAUGUCGGCCACCCCCUACCGCAAGGACUUCUACAUCAAGCUGGGUGAUGACCAGGCUAAGGUCAACGAGUCCUUGGACCGUGAGGUGGAAGCUCUCCAGAAGAGAGUCGCCAUCCUGAAGGAGUUCCAGGCCACCAAGGAGGCGAAGUGGUAAAUAUCAGGACAUAUAUUUUCGAUGUGAGGAAUAUCUGGCAUAUUACUGAGCGCAGUUUUAAAGAUGUAUAUACUUCUAAGAGUCUGAGACUACCUGCAUGAUAACUAGAUGUUUGAAAUGCGCAUCAUUGGUUAAGACCACGUCAUUUUCC